AGGUGGGUUGUGUAGAACUCAGUGGUCUAGACAUAACUUGCACGGCAUUGGAUGUCAUUGACACACCACCACUGUCUGUGGACGGGGAGCUGAGGAAGGAGCGCAGCAGCUACUAGAAACGCACUAAACAAGUUACUGUAGCGCAUGUGAUUAUGAAAUUCUGAAAUGAAGGAGAGUCUGAGAACGUGACUGGAUCAUACUGAGACGUUUGUCCAGAGGUACCAGAUGAGCGUUCAGUAGAAGUGAGGCUCCUUGUUGGAGUACUGGACUGAUGAUUUGAACAAAGUUUGUAGCCCUCCAGUUGCUCUGGUUGCUUUAUUGAGCAGUUGGGUGGCUUUGACCGUGUUUAGAGAGGUUCACCGUCCUGAGCUUAGGGGAAAAACAUGACUGUGGCCAAUGCAAAGUCUGGUUCAGCUAUGCAGCAGGUGUUGGACAACUUGAAAGACCUGCCAUCAGGCACAGGAGCCAAAGAUAUUGACCUUAUCUUCCUCAGAGGCAUCAUGGAGAGUCCCAUUGUCCGGUCACUUGCCAAGGCUCAUGAGCGUCUUGAGGAAGUUAAGUUACAAGCUGUUCGGGAUGAUAACGUUCAACUGGUCACAGAGAUCCUGGAUUCUCUCAAUAACCUGUCAGAGAAAGAUGCUGCCGCUGCUGAACUCGCCAAAAUCCUUCAGGAGCCUCACUUUCAGUCUCUGAUCGAGGCUCAUGACCAAGUGGCCGCUAAGUGCUAUGAAAUGCCCCAAACGGCUGUCAACAGUGAUGCCUUGGUGACGAGUUCACUCAUGCCCGCUGAUGCUGUUAGGAUGAUUGGCAUCCAGAAGAAAGCUGGGGAACCACUGGGGGUGACGUUCCGAGUUGAGCGGGGAGAGAUGGUGAUCGCACGUAUCCUGCACGGCAGCUCGAUUGACAGGCAGGGCAUGCUGCACACGGGGGACAUAAUCCGCGAGGUGAACGGUCAUGAGGUCGGCAGCAACCCCCAUGAACUCCAGGAGCUUCUGAGGGACUGCAGUGGAAGCAUCACGCUCAAAGUCCUGCCCAGCUACAAGGACACACCGGCACCACCACAGGUUUAUCUGAAGCCACACUUCAACUAUAACCCGUCCACAGACAACUUGAUCCCUUGUAAAGAGGCAGGGCUGGCCUUUUCCAAAGGAGACAUCCUUCAUGUAGUCAACAAAGAGGACCCCAACUGGUGGCAGGCUUGCAAGGUUGUGGGCGGAGCCACUGGUCUCAUCCCCAGUCAGUUCUUAGAGGAGAAGAGGAAAGCUUUUGUGAGAAGAGACUGGGAUACAUCUGGUUCUGGGUUUCUCUGUGGAACCCUAACUGGAAAGAAAAAGAAGAAAAAAAUGAUGUACCUCACUUCAAAAAACGCAGAAUUUGACCGUUAUGAGCUGCAGAUCUAUGAGGAGGUAGCCAAGAUGCCGCCGUUCCAGAGGAAAACUCUGGUUCUGAUUGGAGCUCAGGGAGUUGGGAGACGGAGCCUGAAGAACAGACUGAUUGUCAUGAAUCCCCUGCGAUACGGAACCACUGUACCUUUCACAUCACGUCAUCCAAGGGAGGAGGAGAGAGAUGGACAGAACUACUGCUUUGUGACACGGGAACAGAUGGAGAAGGACAUUAAGGACAGUCGGUAUCUGGAGCACGGUGAAUACGAUGGCAACCUUUACGGCACCAAGAUUGACUCGAUCCAUGAAGUGGUGAAUGCAGGCCGAACCUGUAUCCUAGACGUUAACCCUCAGGCUCUGAAAGUGUUGAAGACUGCUGAGUUCAUGCCAUUUGUGGUGUUUAUUGCUGCUCCUGAACUGGACACACUGAGAGCUAUGCACAAAGCUGUGGUAGAUGCUGGACUUACUACCAAACUACUCACGGAGAAUGACUUAAAGAAGACUGUGGACGAGAGCGCCAGGAUCCGUCGGGCUUACAGCCACUACUUUGACAUGACUAUAAUCAAUGACAAUCUGGACAAAGCUUUUGACAAGCUGCAGGAGGCGGUGGAGCGGUUAUUCAUUGAGCCGCAGUGGGUUCCAGUCAGCUGGGUCUACUGAUGUUCUUCCCCCUACGGACAGACAUGGCUGUCCACGCUGCUAGAGCCCCGGGAUGAAAGAGGAUACCUGAAGGGAUGAGGGUUUCAACACUGCACAGCACACACACACGCACACACACAUACACACAGUGUUGGACAUCAGCCCGGUGUGAAUUUGGGUCUCGCACAAGAUAAACCAGAGUCACCUUGAUCUGAAUUGCCAGAGUCAUUUGUAGACACUAUGCAACUCACAAUACAAAUAAAGUGUACUUAUUUAUUGGCAAAAUUUUUUUUAAAACUAUGAUUGCAAUUCAUUACUAGGAUAAAAAAAAUACUGGCCACUGUGUCAGGAUCUUUUAGAAACAUAACUAUUUGCCAUGUCCUGUUUUAAUUUUACAUCUAUAUGUAUGUAUCUAUGUAAGUGUAUUUAUUCUGCAAAAUGAUGAGGGCUUGCUCAAUGAAAAGGAUGAUACCUCAGUGUUAUGGUUUACAGUGCACAUGCCUCCCGUUCUUCAUCUCAUUUCGUCACUACAAUUUGUUUCCAUUAAUCUAGAAUAAUGCAGUAUGUUUUGAACUCCUUUUCCUCCUCGAUGGUACUGUCAUGCCCUUGUGUCUGUGGAAAAGUGUCAUGUCAGUCACUCACUUAAUGUUGUACAGGUACAAAAAUAGUACUAGUGUUUACCCAUUAUUUCAGUUCCAUUCAAGUACAAAUGGUUCCAUUCACUGUCAUUGUGAAACCUUUGGAUCAUGUGUUUCUGACUGUGUUUCUAACCAGUCGAUCUGGUGCUGUGUCUGUGUAUGUUUGGAAGAAAGAAAAACUUUCCACAGGACUCUAGAACAGGGUACUGCAUCUCAGUGAACCAUCCCUUUUGAUGUGACAUAACUAAAAAAAAAAAAUAACUGUUUUGAAUAAGGUUCAUAUUUACUUAAAAAGGUAUAUUUUACAAGAUUGCAGAAAAUAUGUAUUUUCAGAUGUCGAAUAAAUAACUUGUGUUUUCUAAUGGUU